UUUUCUUCUGUGGCUUCAGUCAGUGUAGAAAGGCCGACGUCUUAGUUUACACGACUGCGCGGCAGUCCUUGUUAGGACCAGCUGAAAUAACACAGAAUCUCUUUAUCUCAAAUAACAUUCUGUAAAUUAUUUAAACUUGAUAAGGACAUUUUCUUUCCUUCAAAAAUGUCACUCUCAAUCUACUCAUUAUUAAUUAAUAUUGUAGCAAUUUUCGUGAUCUUUUUUACCUUGUUGUACUUAUACUUCACGCGAAAUUUCGAUUUUUGGAAGAAACGCAGUGUCCCAUAUGCAAAACCCUUACCUUUUGUGGGUAAUCUUAAAGGGGCGAUCCUUCAGACUGUGGAUAUCGGUCAGAAUCUUAAGCAGCUCUACGAUGAACACAAGGCCAAGCCGUGUGUCGGAUUCUUUUCGUUCGACCAGCCUUCCUUGCUCAUUAUUGACCCCGAUCUCGUGAAGUAUAUAUUGGUGAAGGAUGCGAAAAAUUUCAUCAACAGAGUUCAAACUGCGGAUGAAAAGACGGACCCUCUGACAGCCAAGGCUGUGUUUGCGCUUAAGGAUAAAAAAUGGAGACAUAUAAGGCUAGGAAUGACACCCAUUUUCACUACGGGAAAGAUGAAGAAGAUGUUCUAUCUGGUAGAAAAAUGCGCAAAGGAACUGACUCUUCAAGUGGACAAGAAGAUAAGGACGGAUGAAUGUCGUCUAGAAGUCAAAGACUGGAUGGCCAGGUACACCACUGACGUCAUAUCGUCCUGCGCCUUUGGAAUCGAGAGUAACACACUCGUGAACCCUGACGGGAAAUUCCGCAGUUACUUGCGCAGGUUCACGACUUACACAACUCUGAAGUCAUUCGCCACCCUGGCCAUAUCCUUCGCGCCCAAAUUUCAGUCUCUCUUCAAGCUGAAGAUUUUGGAUGAUGAUAUUGUGACAUUUAUGAGGAACACAGUAUGGAGUACGGUGCGAUACAGGGAGGCGAAUAACGUGGAUCGCAAGGACUUCCUGGACAACAUGAUGGAACUGAGGAAAAAAGGACAAGAUUCGAACGAGGAUAAUAUUGCCCUCAAAAUAGACGGUGACGACUUUGUUGCUCAGUCCUAUGCCUUCUUCCUGGCGGGAUUCGAGACCUCUGCAACCACGAUGUCCUUUGCUCUUUACGAAUUAUCUCUACAGCCGGCUAUUCAGCAGAAACUGAGGACGGAGAUCACUACGGUGCUAGGGAAACAUGAUCAGCAACUGACAUACGUAGCAAUGCAGGAGAUGUCAUAUCUCCAAAAAGUGAUAUUUGAGACGCUGAGGAAGUAUCCUAUCGUCCCGUACUUGGAUCGGAUGUGUAUCAGCGAUUACGAACUUCCGGUUUCCUCUGAUGACAAUAAGGUUACGAUACCUGGGCAAACUGGAGUCUAUAUUCCUGUGUAUGGUAUUCAUCAUGACCCUCAAUAUUAUCCGGAACCGGAAAAAUUCGACCCAGAGCGCUUUACGGAGGAAAAUAUUAACAACAGACCUCAGUUCACCUACCUUCCCUUUGGAGAGGGACCAAGGGUCUGUCUAGGUAUGCGAUUCGGGUUGAUGCAGGUGAAGACAGGCUUGAUCAACCUCCUGUCACGCUUCGAAGUGGCACCUUGCAGAGACACUCCCGUGCCCUUGCAACUAGAUCCCAAACCCUUCCUUAUGCAGUCACAGGGCCAGAUACCUCUCAUAUUCAAGAGGGUCAAAGUGCUGAACUGAUAGUAAAUGUACUACACUGAUAGGUUUCUUUUGUGAAUUUUCUAGCCUCCGUGUUGCCUCUUGAAGGAAGCUCACUGCAGACCUAUAGAAAAUGUGAUAUCUAUCAUUUCUUCAAAAUUGAAGGACAGGAAUAGAAUAAAGAGAAUAAAAAAUUGGGUCAUAACCUAAGGAGGGUAACGGUAAUGAAAGUUACCGUCUUCUAACAACCAAGAUGGUUAAUUUUCCCAAUAUUUGUUUAAAGAAAAUUUUAUUGAAAAAAAUAGAAUUGCUAAUUUAAUAUGGCAGUCUAAUCUUACGAUCCUGUCGACCAAAAUAUAAGUUGCCGAACUCCCGAAAACGUACGAAAAUAUAUAUCUCAGAAGACAGAAAUUCAAAUACCACAAAUGUCUUAGCAAUGCACUGAGAGUUUUUUUUUUACUUCUUACGAAUACAUGGGUUUAUUCCUGUUAUUCUUCAAGGUUAUUCUUAAAAUGGAAUGUACUGAAGUAAUUAAAUAAUUUUUUUUAUUUAUAAAUAUUAUGGGUACACUGUCUUGAAACCGAAGUGUCUCCACACUAUACUUAAGUAAUAAGUACCUUCAUUACGACAAACUUACGAACGUAUAUCCAUGUUAAUUAAUUUUCUAUAUACGGGGUGUGCCACCGGAUACUAAUCGCUUGACGCACUGGUCACCAAGAAGCGGAAGAAAAGCGGACGCAGAUGGCGCUUCCAGGAUGAAACCGGCCGUGAUCGUCUGGUAAACAGAUCAAUGGCGAAGAGUGGAAGAAAACAGGAGAAAGAAAAGAAAGCUGGGAAAUGUAAAUUUUCUCAAUACAUUCUUUGAUAUUUUAUACUUUA